AGCUCUUCGCGUGUGGUCACUAAAAUGGCGGACGUCGAGUCACUGUUUGACUUUGUUCACAUGGAAAUUGUCGCUUAUUUCACAAACAGACCGGGGAAAAAUAUAGAUAAUGAUGUUAUACAAAAUCUUGAACGUCUUGGAUUUAGUGUUGGUCAGAGACUGGUAGAGAGAUUCACAAAGGAUUCCCCUCGCUUCAAGGAUGAACUUGAAAUUAUGAAGUAUAUCUGUAAAGACUUCUGGACUGCUGUUUAUAAGAAACAAAUUGACAAUUUAAGAACAAACCACCAGGGUACUUAUGUGCUUCAAGACAAUAACUUUCAGCUUUUAACACAAAUGUCAGAUGGCAAGCAGUAUACAGAGGAUGCCCCAAAGUUCUUAGCCUUUCCGAGUGGUCUCAUAAGAGGAGCUCUGUCAAACCUCGGAUUGACAUGUUCAGUUACUGCUGACGUGUUAUCCAUGCCUAAAUGUAAAUUUCAAAUUGUGAUCCCUAAAUCUUAGAAGUCAACCAAUAUUGGUUAGGACUAACAAGCUGAUGUUGAAGAUCGGUGAUGCAAAAUCACUAGAGAAAGGAAACGAAGAAGACUACACAGGAUGGGCUAUAUAUAGAACCCUCGACGGAAGACAGCUGUGUUCAAUUCUCAUCAACUUCGUUUAUGUAGUUUUACUUAACAGAUUGUAAAUAAUAUUAUGAAAUAAAAGUAACAUAGACAGGGCUAA